AUGGCUGAGAAAGCGUCGGAUGAAGGCUGCGUUGCAUGCGGAUGGACUCGGGAUCAGCAAUCGAAAUGCUGUUAUUCCAGCCAUGUCAAACUAAUCUAUGGCGCACAUGACCGGGGUGUAUGGUCGAUCGGGACUGAUCUGAUUCUCAAAGAGCGUCCUGACGAGGGUCCGAAAAACGAAGCGAAAACACUGCAACUUCUUGAACGUUAUGCCGAUAUUCCGGCACCCGAGCUUGUCUGUGACUGGGCCGAUCGAAACGGGCGUUACUUCGUGCUACAAAAGCGAAUGGAGGGUGAGAGCCUCGAGACCGUCUGGCCUAUACUAUCGCACGACCAAAAGGUCGCUAUUGCAGACCAGGUGGCGGACGUCUGCAAGCAUUUACAGUCCAUUACCUCGUCGAGUAUACAAACGGUUGAUGGAGGCGCCUGCUCUCCGGCCUUGCUUUUUUUCAACUUCGACCCUCGUGGGCCUUUCCACUCCGAUGUUGAACUAUGGGAUGCUAUAAGUCUCACCAUUCACAAUCCUCCUGAAAAGUCAUUUCCCCAGCAAGUGUUGGACAACCUAAAGAAGCGCUUCCCUAAGUGUGCACCAUACGUCCUCACACAUUGCGAUCUUAAUAUCGGAAAUAUUAUGGUUAAAGAUGGGAAGCUUGUUGGCAUCAUUGAUUGGGAACAUGCAGCGUACUAUCCUAUAUGGUAUGAAUACGUCUCAGCUACUUGGGGCUUCACCGAGGCAGAUGCUGAAUGGAGGAGGCUGUUACGGCAACAUCUUAAUGUAUAUGAAGAGGCCAAACGUUUCUGGAUGGACCUGUAUCAAUUGCGAAAUUAUCCUGAUUUGGACGAGAAAGGCCAAGAAGUGCUGGAACGACUGUCCGCGGAGUUGUGA